UACAAGACCUACAAGGGCAUCCUUCGUAACUACUUAGAUAAACAAGCGGCAUAACGUAAAGCCAUCGUCGUUCCUCUUCGCCAACCGCUGCAGAUUGCUCUUCCUUAAAACCCGCGACUUUUGGCGUGUAUUGCUUUUCCUUGUCUCGAUUACUUUCCUUCCAUUCCAAAUUGUCGCUCUCAUUUUUCUUCCGUCUUAAAAGUCCUUUCACUUUCCCGCCAAUUUUUCAAAGCAGCCAAACAGCAAGAGAAGAGCCAAAAACCCUAGAACUUUUGUCUUUUCACUGUCCAGUACCGGCGGCGUCGGUAAUCGGAGGCUUCGAUGACCGCGAUCGUCACCUCCAGAGACGUUCAGGAGAUAGUUUCGAAGCUCUCUUCCGAUAAAGCCAAAGCUCGAGAAGAAGGGAUAAAGCUGUUGAAUACAUGGUUGGAAGGAGAGAGGUCUAUCGCCUUUUGCAAAUUUCUUGGAAAAAACACGGCAAAGCUUAACCCGAAUGACAUUCGUCAUUCUGAAACAUGGCCUUUUCUUAUCACUAUGCUAAUCCAAUGUGUUUCAUUGGAGAUAUCUUCAGGCAAGCGGCGAUUGCCAAAGUUGAUAUUCGCAAAGACUCUCCGUAUUGUCGUGCAACGAGCGCAAGAUUCUAAGUUCUCUGGUAAGAUGCUGCCUUUACUCUCUGUGGUUAAACACUUUUUUAAUCACAUAUGAGAUGUCUUGAGCGAUGUCCCAAGCUUUUGGUCGGAAUAUGGGGUUAUUCUCCGGCAUCUUUUGAAUGUCAAUGAUUAUCGUUUCCACAUGAGGAAGCGUAUAUAUUGUAAUCUCGUUCUUCUCUAUAUGGAUAAGGUGGAAUCAAGCUUAGAUGGCAGAAAUGAUAAUUCAUGUAAUCCUAGGGAGGAGGUCUUUCGCUGCAUUCUAACGCUCCAGUCCCUCUUAGAGAAUCCACCUGGAGAUUUCUUGAAUAAUCUCAGAGAAAACAUUGUUAAGGGGUUUGUAGGGAUUUUCUCUUAUGUUAGGUUUGAAGACAAGCUUUCACGCAAGCUUAUCGAGUGCAUCAAUAAAUACUUGUUGAAAGAUGGUCCCAACUUAGGUCAUCAUUCCAUGGAGAUCCAUGGUGCUGUACAGCAAUUUGUGUUUCGUUGUUGGCUAACAACACACGACCGCGCUCUUAAGGAUGCACUUAUUUUGUAUGCAAGGUUACAAUUAAAUUUGACAAGAGGUGCUACUGAUGGGAAUAUCUUGGUAGAACAACUCCUUGACAUAGUCUGCAAGGAACUAGAUCAAAGCAUUUCAUCUGGUGGUAGUUUGCCCUGGGUUGACACAUCUAAGGAUGAAAAAUUUGAAGCCUUGAGCAGUUCUCAAUAUGGAAUGCUGCAUUCUGUUGUCUCACUCGUAACUACCAUAUGCGUAUUAGUAAAGACCUCUUCAUCUACUGGUUUGAGGGCAUAUCUGACAGCUUUGAGGGGGGGUGUUCACUGAAAAAAUUGACGACCUGGAAUAUAUUGCAGAAUUAUGAACGAUGCAAAUAUGGGGCACGCUUACG